AUGUCAGAUAUCAAAAGCAUUCCAUCUCAGCAAGAUGCCCAUGAAACAGACUUUAGUUUUUCUGUUAUUACAGCUGAUAUGCUUUUUAAGAACUGGAACUUGUGGAAAAGUGCUGGUGUGGCCCACAGAAUACAGCCAUUGGAUCAAUAUAAAGAUGAUUCUUGAUGAGCUUGUCCAGAGAGGUCAUGAAGUGACUGUUCUGACAUCUUCAGCUUCGAUCCUUAUCGAGCCUAGCAAUGAAACUUCUAUUAAUUUUGAAAUUUACUCUGUAUCUGUGAGUAAAGAAGAUCUUGAAUAUUGGUUUGGAAAAUGGAUAGGUGAAUGGACAAACGAUUUUCAAAGUUACUCAUUUUGGACAUAUUUUUCUAAAAUGCAAAAAAUCUUUAGUGAAUAUUCUUAUGUGAUUGAAAAUUUCUGCAAAGCUGUAGUUUGGAACAAGAGUCUUAUGAAAAAGCUACGAGAAUCUAAGUUUGAUGUCAUUCUCGCAGAUGCCAUAGGUCCCUGUGGUGAGCUGCUAGCCGAACUGCUUAAGAAACCUUUAGUGUACUCUCUUCGCUUCUGUCCUGGAUACAAGUGUGAAAAGUACAGUGGGGGACUUCCACUCCCUCCUUCCUAUGUGCCUGCGGUUUUAUCAGAAUUAAGUGACCGAAUGACAUUUCUGGAAAGGGUGAAGAAUAUGUUGCAUAUGCUGUAUUUUGACUUUUGGUUUCAAACAUUUAAUGAGAAGUCAUGGAGUCAGUUUUACAGUGAGGCUCUAGGGAGACCCACAACGUUAGUUGAGAUGAUGGGGAAAGCAGACAUGUGGCUCAUUCGAACUUACUGGGACUUGGAAUUUCCUCACCCAAUCUUACCUAAUUUUGACUUUGUGGGAGGACUCCACUGCAAACCAGCCAAACCACUGCCUAAGGAAAUGGAAGAAUUUGUUCAGAGCUCCGGAGAACAUGGCAUUGUGGUGUUUUCUCUGGGGUCAAUGGUUAAAGACAUAACAGAAGAAAAGGCCAAUAUAGUUGCAUCAGCUCUUGCCCAGAUCCCACAGAAGGUUCUGUGGAGAUUUGAUGGUAAGAAACCAGACACCUUAGGAUCCAACACUCGACUGUACAAGUGGAUACCCCAGAAUGACCUUCUUGGUCAUCCAAAAACCAAAGCUUUUAUAGCUCAUGGUGGAACCAAUGGCAUCUAUGAGGCAAUCUAUCAUGGCAUUCCUAUUGUUGGGAUUCCCUUGUUUGCAGAUCAACCUGAUAAUAUUAACCACAUGGUAGCCAAGGGAGCAGCUGUUAGAGUGGACUUUCACACACUGUCAGCUAAAGACCUUCUCACCGCCUUGAAGACAGUCCUAUAUGAACCUUCCUAUAAAGAGAAUGCCAUGAGAUUGUCAAGAAUCCACCAUGAUCAGCCAGUGAAGCCCCUGGACAGAGCUGUCUUCUGGAUUGAGUAUGUCAUGCGCAACAAAGGAGCCAAGCACCUUCGCCCAGCUCUCCAUGACCUCAGCUGGUUCCAGUACCACUCUCUGGAUGUGAUUGGGUUUCUGGUGGUCUGUGUGGUAGCUGUGGUAUUCACUAUCACAAAAUUUUGCCUCUUUUGUUGCCACAAGACUGCUAACCUGGGUAAAAAGAAGAAAAAAGAAUAGCUGCAUUGAAGUAUGAAGUGGAGAGCUCUGAGAGAUGAGCCUCUGCCAGUGGCUUCCAGCAAGAAAAGGUUGCCAUGUCAGGUUCUUUCCCUCUCAACCAAGACAGUGCCAGGACUUCUUUCAAGAUUGCUUUCUCAGAUUCACUGUAUGUUUAAACAGGCAAAUUUUCAUGUCAAAUAUACACUUGAGGUUAUAAAAACAAAAUCAAGUGUUUGCUUUGGAAUGUUUUGAUGUAAUUGAGGAGCUAUGAUCCCCAACAAUCACUGAGCUUAACCGUGGUUUCCAAAAUUCUUAUGGGCAUAAAGCCUUGGAAAAGGCCCCUCUAAGUAGCAAUUACCUUUAUAAACACCCAAUAUGCCUGGACUUUAUUUGGUAGAAUUCUUGUCUUUUUUUUUUUUAACCACUCCUAUGUAAUAGUGUUUAGAUGCCAUGCUUUUGAAAUAGACUCACACUUCACUCUUCUGCCUGUCUAAGGAAAGCCAUUGUUUCUGGUUAUUUUACGGAAAACAGACCUCCCAUUGUUUAAUUCUGAACAACUGUGAUGAAGUUUAGCCUCCUCCAACAGGGGCAUUCUUCCAUUCAGCACAAUUAUUCCUACCUGCUCCUUCUUUAAAUUCCAGUAAUAGGGAGGUUCUAUGACGUGACCCACUUAAGAUUUCAUUUCUCUACUCAAGUUAGUAAAAGUCCAGGAAUCCUAAAGAUCAUGAAUACAGAUUCAAAUGGCAGUCAUGUCAUAGCAUUGUGAGAAGUUGUAGCACUCAUUUGCAUCUUCAGUGACAGCUUACACCCACCCUUUAUUAAGUUCAUCCUGGACAGAGACCUGUUUUACUCAUUUUGUAUCUCCACUUCAUAGAACAAUAUGAUUCUUACUGAAUGGUUUAUUUGUUUGUUUGUUUGUUUGUUGGAUGAAUCCAUGCAUCUCGUUCUUUAAUCCUGGUUGUGAUUAUGAAUGCUCAUGAGUAGGACAAAAUUAUAAAUGUAAUUGAACAGGACUGUUCUAUUGUGAUAUUGCUAAUUCAGACAUUACUCGAUAGUGUUUUUCGAGAAAUGGAAAGACUGCUUCAGGGCAUAGUGUGAUAUAUCUAUGUUGAAGACAUUUGUUCUUCAUUUUUAUUUAUUUUUAUUAAGAAAGAAACAGGAUUUUCUUCUCAAAGCUGUUCAGCCUUGUGACUGCACACUAUCAAAACAAUUCAAUGUAAUCCACUUUACCUGAAAACCAUUGUCUUUGACAGUAAUACUCCAGUGCAGGAGCCUGCCAGUAGAGUCAAAUAGUUCCUGAGUGGGGAGUGAGAAUUAAAAGAAAACAACACACAACACACAAGGGAUCCACUCAGGGGGGCUAUCAAUAGAAACUGUAGUACAUGGUUUAUUCCACAUUCCAUUUUUUAAAAUUUAACUUUAUUUAUUCAUUUAUUACAAUUUAUUUAGAACCCCCUCCCUCAGAGGUGGGGUGAGGGAGGUCAAAGUGCCAGCCAUUGAGUUAAUGUCAGAAAUAGUCCCUGUUCCCUUUACUAGGGAACCCAUUUGGAUACUUACCUACCAUGGACUACAUUCAAGCAGAGGUUCUAGGUUAUAUUCAUACAUGGUCCUUGGUUGGAGAAACAGUCUCAGAAAAGACCCCUGUGCCCUGAUAUAUUAGGUACUUGUGGAGAUCCUGUCCUCUCGUGGUCAUACUGAUUUCCCCUUAUUUCAUAUGAUUCCCUGCACUCUGCCGAAGGUUUGGUUAUGAGUCUCAGCAUCUGCUUUGAUACACUGAUAGGUAGAGUCUUUUAGAGGCCCUGUCUGGUAGGCUUCUGUUCUGUUACCUGUUUUCUCCUAAUUCUAAUGUCCAUCCCAUUUGUCUUUCUAAGUGAAGAUUGAUCAUUUUACCCCGGGUCCUCUUUUUUGUUUAUCUUCUUUAGGUGUACAGAUUUUAGUAUGUUUAUCCUACCUUAUAGGUCUAGUACCCACUUAUAUGUGAGUAUAUACCAUGUGUCUUUCUGCUUCUGAGAUACCUCACUCAGGAUGAUCUUUUCUAGAUUUCACCAUUUGCCUGCAAAUUUCAUGAUUUCCUUGUUUUUAAUUGCUAAGUAGUGCACCAUAUCUGAGGGGCACAGGAUCUGAAAUUCUGAAAUUGGUGAGUAGAGGGGCAGCUAAAGCCAGAACAUUGACAUUGAUGCUUCCUGGGUGAGAGGGAACAACCUGUGAGCUGAUGCCAUUUGGAUCCAGGUCACCCCACAGACAUAUUUGGGAACUAAGAGUGGUAAAUAUUCAACCCCCUGCACCCAAUCAUGAGCCUCCCUCUGUGGCUGAGAUGGUUCUCAGUACCCACUGCUCCACACGUGGGCCUCCCUGCUCUGUAACUGAGACAGCAGAGGCUGGCCUCCCAGUUCUGUGGCAGCAGUGGGCAGCUGCACUGUCCUCAUAGGUCUGCAGAGGCAGUGGGCAGCUAUAGGGGCAUCUGAGGGCCUUCGAGUGGGCGGCUCUACCAUCCACCCAUGUCUGUGUCUGGGGUGGCAGCUAUCCCAAACAGGAGCCUCCAGGCUCAGUGACUGAGACAACUGUAGAGGCUACCCGAAUUUAUGGUCUCCCUGCCAACUGGAAAAACAGUGGACACCAGAGAGCUGAAAGAUCUACACUCACAUUUGUCCCUGAAAGCCCAAAUCUGAGAGAAUAAGACUAUAAGAGCCAGAGGGCCAAGACAUCUGCUGUGAAGUUGCAUCUUUGAGAAAUAUCAGGAAAGCUACACCCAAGUAGCCUCUAAAGCAUGGGUGCCUAAAGAAAUUUUGAAUAAGGAUGACACCAAUUGUCCUGCUAAUAUGGAAAGGGGUAAAUCUCAUCCUGACCCCAACUCUACACAAAAUUAUCAUAGGCAGUUCAGGAAUGCUGAGAGCGGGAUACAGUCUUUUCAAGGCAAGUACCUCCCAAUUGGAAUUUCUUUAAAUAAAAGAAAGCUGAUAAUAGACAAAUUCAUUGCUUCAUUCUGUUUUCAUUAUUUGAAUUUAUCCUAAAAUAUUAGGUUGCAUAUUUAUACUUCCAACCAUACCCUUAUUUUUAUGUUAAUUUCUUUUGUAUUUUGAUGCUGAAAGAUAACUGCCGUAAACAUUACAUAGCUCUCUUAUAAGAGUUCUCAAAUCACAACAGAUCCUUGCAUGAAUGACCACCAGUGUGGCUGCUAGUCAAUAUCCCUUGCUCAUGUACUUCAUUUCAAACAUACAUCAAGCUUCAUGAUCACAGGUAACUUACACUGAAGAAGUGCAAGUGUUCUGUGGUGCUGUGGUAGACUUAGAGUAACAGAAUGCUAACAACAUAUGGGAUGCUAAGAAAUGAGACUUUAGAAACAAGGUUAUUUCCUGCUAUGGUUUGAAUGAAAAAAGUCACUGAUAAACUGGUGUAGCUGAACCCCUUUUCCUAAAUUGGUGGUGCCGUUUGAGGUUAUAGAGUUCUAAGGAAUUUAAAUCUUGCUGGAGGAAGUGCAUCACUGGAAGAAGCUCUGCAAAUCUGCAGCUUGGCCCACUUUCUACUAUUGUCUCUGCUGCUUAUUUGUGAUCAGGGAGAAUCCUUCUACUCCCUACAGCCUUGCCUUCUCACCUGCCAUGCAUUCUAAGGACCUAAUCAGAAUUCAUAAUAAACUGUUAUGUUUUUGCCUUGA